UAAACAAAAACAUUGUUUUGGGAAAUGACGUUAACGUCGAAGCAAACCCGCGCUUGACAAUUCAGCGUCGUUUCGUUCCGUUGACGGGGGCUGACGGUGAUUGAGAAACGAUCUUGUUUUCAAAGUUUAGCGCCUGCAUCUGCUGCUGAAAAGUAACGUCGGAAUGGAAGCAGAAUUAGAGAUUGAAGAGCUGGAGCGAGACAUACGAACAUUGCGAAAGAAUCUCAAGGAGAAGGUGCAACAAUUGAAGACCUUGAAAAGUCAUUUUCAGAAAAAUUGCAUAAAUAAGUUGAACAACAAUGAAAUCGCCCGUUACAGUCGGCAAAUAAUUUUGUCAGAAAUCGGUGUUCAUGGACAAUUAAAACUCAAAAAGGCAUCUGUACUAGUAGUAGGCGCCGGUGGACUGGGAUGCCCUUCCUCGUUAUAUCUAGCCGGAGCCGGUAUAGGGCGUAUCGGUAUUUUAGACUACGAUGAAGUGGAGCUAACAAAUCUCCACCGACAGCUGCUGCAUACGGAAUCUACUGUUGGUCUUAGAAAGGUUGAAUCUGCGAAGUCAUUCUUGGCGGAGCUGAACUCACAGAUUGAGCUUAUAACUCAUCAUACGCAGAUUACGAGUGAUAACGCGCUAACAAUAAUUGAACAAUACGACAUCGUCGUUGACGCAACUGAUAAUGUUGCAACUAGAUAUUUGUUGAAUGAUGCUUGUGUAAUGCUCAAAAAGCCUUUGGUUUCCGGCAGUGCUUUACAGUUGGAAGGACAAUUGACAGUAUAUAAUUAUAAAAAUAGCCCCUGUUAUCGUUGUCUCUUUCCUACACCUCCACCUCCAGAAACAGUAACUAAUUGUGGAGAUGGUGGUGUUCUCGGUGCGGUAACAGGUGUUAUUGGUGCUUUGCAGGCUUUAGAAACAAUCAAAAUAAUUCUUGGCAAUGAAGGCGUGCUGGUUGGUCGACUGCUGCUGUUUGAUGGACAACAGAGUACAUUCAAAAAUUUGAAACUUCGCGCUAAAAAGCUUAACUGUGUAGUUUGCUCUGAAAAUCCAUCCUUGACAAAACUCAUCGACUAUGAACAAUUCUGUAGUAUGAAGGCAACGGACAAGGAUUCCAAUUUGAAAUUACUGUCUGAGAACGAACGCAUCACCGUCGAACAGUAUAAACAAUUGUUGGAUAAUGGUAACCAGCAUGUACUGAUCGACGUUCGUGGAACAAAUCAGUUUGAAAUGUGUCAGCUUCCAGCAUCGAUAAACAUUCCAAUCGACGACAUUCUUGAGAAUCGACGAAUGGAGGAACUUCUGGCCAAAGUUUCACCAGAUGCAACGCAAUUACCUACGUUCGUAAUAUGUCGCCGUGGAAAUGAUUCCCAGCUCGCCGUACAGCAUUUGACGCCCAUUUUCAAAGAGCGUGGUUUGAAUCCGCCUAAGGAUAUCUCAGGAGGGCUGCACGCUUGGACGCACAAUAUUGACAAAUGUUUUCCGAUUUAUUGACACGGCGAAAUAAAGUUUUUGAAAAUUUUCAAAUAGAUUUGUUGGUUGGAUGCUUUCACAAAGUUUUUGUAAAAAUGCAAAUAAAUUCAACCGAGCACAAAAA